AUGAAGGUCCCCAGCCUCAGCGCGCGCGAGGCGGCCUCCAUGUACGGCACCGCGGUGGCUGUCUUCCUGGUCAUCGUUGUGGCUGCCCUGCAGGGCUCGGCCCCCGCCGAGAGCCCCUUCCCCUUCCACAUCCCCCUGGACCCCGAGGGGACCCUGGAGCUGUCCUGGAACAUCAGCUAUGCUCAGGAGACCGUCUACUUCCAACUCCUGGUGCGGGAGCUCAAGGCCGGCGUCCUGUUCGGGAUGUCGGACCGAGGGGAGCUGGAGAAUGCCGAUCUGGUCGUGCUCUGGACUGACAGGGAUGGCGCCUACUUCGGGGAUGCCUGGAGUGACCAGAAGGGGCAGGUCCACCUGGACUCCCAGCAGGACUACCAGCUUCUGCAGGCACAGAGGACGCCAGAAGGCCUGUGUCUCCUCUUCAAGAGGCCCUUUGGCACCUGUGACCCCAACGACUACCUCAUCGAGGACGGCACUGUCCACCUGGUGUAUGGACUCCUGGAGGAGCCGCUCCGGUCGCUGGAGGCCAUCAACACCUCCAGCUUGCGCACGGGGCUGCAGAGGGUGCAGCUGCUGAAGCCCAGCAUUCCGCAGCCGGCCCUGCCCGCGGACACGCGCACCAUGGAGAUCCGCGCCCCCGACGUCCUCAUCCCCGGCCAGCAGACCACGUACUGGUGUUACAUCACCGAGCUCCCAGAUGGAUUCCCACGGCACCACAUCGUCAUGUACGAGCCCAUCGUCACCGAGGGCAACGAGGCACUGGUACACCACAUGGAGGUCUUCCAGUGCGCCGCCGAGUUCGAGAGCGUCCCCCACUUCAGCGGGCCCUGCGACUCCAAGAUGAAGCCGCAGCGGCUCAACUACUGCCGCCACGUGCUGGCCGCCUGGGCCCUGGGUGCCAAGGCCUUUUACUACCCAGAGGAAGCUGGCCUGGCCUUCGGGGGGCCCGGCUCCUCCAGAUUUCUCCGCCUGGAAGUUCACUACCACAACCCACUGGUGAUAAAAGGCCGGCGUGACUCCUCGGGCAUCCGCCUGUACUACACGGCCACGCUGCGGCGCUUCGACGCGGGCAUCAUGGAGCUGGGCCUGGUGUACACGCCCGUGAUGGCCAUUCCCCCACAGGAGACGGCCUUCGUCCUCACCGGCUACUGCACAGACAAGUGUACCCAGCUGGCCCUGCCCCCCUCGGGGAUCCACAUCUUCGCCUCGCAGCUCCACACCCACCUGACGGGCCGGAAGGUGGUCACGGUGCUGGCCAGGGACGGCCGAGAGACAGAGGUCGUGAACAGGGACAACCACUACAGCCCGCACUUCCAGGAGAUCCGCAUGUUGAAGAAGGUCGUGUCUGUCCACCCGGGAGACGUGCUCAUCACCUCCUGCACGUACAAUACAGAAGACAGAAGGCUGGCCACCGUGGGGGGCUUCGGGAUCCUGGAGGAGAUGUGCAUCAACUACGUGCACUACUACCCCCAGACGCAGCUGGAGCUCUGCAAGAGCGCCGUGGAGCCCGGCUUCCUGCAGAAGUAUUUCCACCUUGUGGACAGGUUCAACAGUGAGGAAGUCUGCACCUGCCCCCAGGCGUCUGUCCCCGAGCAGUUUGCCUCCGUGCCCUGGAACUCCUUCACCCGUGAGGUGCUCAAGGCCCUGUACAGCUUCGCGCCCAUCUCCAUGCACUGCAACAAGUCCUCCGCCGUCCGCUUCCAGGGCGAGUGGAAUCGGCAGCCCCUGCCUGAGAUCGUAUCCAGGCUGGAAGAGCCCACCCCGCACUGCCCGGCCAGCCGAGCUCAGAGCCCCACUGGCCCCACUGUACUCAGCAUCGGGGAGGGCAAAGGUUGA